UGCGAAUUCUUUCAAGUUUCCACACUCCAGGGAAUCUGCACCACGAUCAUGUUCCUGAGCUCGCGGAGAUCUGCUGAAGCGUCUUAAAAUGAUUGGGACAAUCUGCAGACAAGCACUAUACCAUUGGCCGCAUGCAUCCGAGAUGCAAUCAUCCGGACUUGACGACCUUUGACUUGCACGCCCUAUCACAACAAUCUAAGCAGGGCUUAGACUUGCGAGGGCGAUGCCACAACUCCGGAUGCUGGUGCAUAAAGGUCAAUGGUCUAGGGCCCUCGAUCUCCGUGCUCAACCCUCGAUGAAGCGCAAGCAUACCGGCAAAGGCUGAAACAUCCCGCUCAAGGAACUGGACUAUCACGAUCACAAUUGGUCAGGCACGAGAUCUUUACGGAAGAUACAGUACCUCGAGAAAUGCGCUACGACUACCCCGAAAAACGUAGCUGAUCGCUCCCCUGAUCAUCCCACCCCCCCCCUAUUUCCCACAGGAAUUGCGCCAGGUUUAUCUCCCCAUCAACCCUUGACAAUGCUUGAUGGGGUAUACGACUGGCGAAGAAGGAAUAGCAAAUAACCUAUACCUGGAUCUAAUCCAGGGGGUUCGUUUGCCUCGCUUGCAGACCCGCACUGAUGUUACCACGGUGGCAAGGACGCUGUGGGUUUGAGAGUGAGACACAUACUGUAAACUUUAGCAAUUAGAUUGCUUAGGUAGCCGAUCAAUUGAACACCAUAUCACGAUA